UUCUCUGUGCCUCUAGUCAGAGAGCAUCCGUCUCUUCCUUCCUUUUCUCUUAGUGAGAGCGAGAUUAACAUUUCUCUGGUGCUUCAUAUUCGUCAGAAAGAGAGACAGAUAUGGGAAGGGCUCCUUGUUGUUCAAAGGUUGGUUUGCACAGAGGUCCAUGGACUCCCAGAGAGGACACAUUACUCACCAAAUAUAUUGAAGCUCAUGGUGAAGGCCAUUGGAGAUCCUUGCCCAAAAAAGCCGGCCUCCUUAGGUGUGGGAAGAGUUGCAGGCUAAGAUGGAUGAACUACCUAAGGCCAGAUAUCAAGAGAGGAAACAUUACUCCAGACGAAGAUGACCUAAUUAUCCGACUGCAUUCACUUCUCGGAAACCGCUGGUCUCUCAUCGCCGGUAGACUUCCUGGUCGAACCGAUAACGAGAUCAAGAACUACUGGAACACCCAUCUCAGCAAAAGGCUCGUGAGCGAAGGAACUGACCCGAACACGCACCAAAAACUAUCCCAGCCUCCUGCCCCCAAGGAAAACAAGAGGAAGAAGAAGCAGAACCACAAAGCCAAGAACAAGAACAAUACUGAAGAUCGCAUAGUGCCCCAAAAGCCUAAGGUCCAUCUCCCCAAACCCACCAGGGUAACUUCCUUUGUUAACCUACCAAGAAACGAUAGCUUUACCACGGCUAGCACUGCUGUGUCUUCUAGCCAGGAUCAAGUUCUGGAUCAUGUUAACAAUAUUAUUCCUUGGUCUGAUUUCAAAGAGGGUGGGGUGGUGUUCUCUGUUGUUGAUGGGUCGUCGUCGGAUUUCGAGUGUGAUCAGUCUCGAAUAAUCCUUAAUGUUGUAGCUGGUGAUGAUGAUGACCACAAUUUGGAAAAUAUUUACGAGGAAUAUCUGCAGGCCCUUCUGAAAACGACAGAUCAAGAUCAGAACUGCCAAGUUGAGUUAGACUCGUUUGCUGAAUCACUGUUGAUCUGAAUAAAAUAAAAAUAAGAAUGCUGUGGAAGAUAAAGGGUUAUCUCCCUCUCGCGCGCAAUGGUUUAGACAGAGUUUAGUAUUUGAAAUUGAAUCUUAGGUCUUCACGUGCUUACCUUCUAGUUCUAGUCAAGGUUCUGUUUAUGUAUCAAUAAUAAUUUGUGAAUCUGUGGUAGUCACAUUGGGCUUUAUUAAUGUAUAUGAUAGAAACCAUGAUGUUGCCACCAUUUUAUUAACAAUCAAAUCCUGUUAGUCUGUUGCU